UUUCUUCCUUGUCUGCCCUUUCUAAAAGGAAAUCGUGUCGAGGCUCUCUAAGGGCGGUUGGCGUGUGUGUGUGUGUGUGUGUGUGUGUGUGUGCAUGCACACUUGCGGCAAGCUGAUUCUCAACCACUUUAGAAAUAUACAGCACAGCAACGAGAAAAAAACCGCAGCAGAGCUCAGCAUUUGAGUAACGUCUUUUUCCAGCGAUAACCGGCCUGGGUUUGAUCUCUUGCCAUGGGCAGCAGGCUUUCGCAGUGGCAGUAGGAGUGGUGAGCCCGUCUUCUCCAUGGGUAGAGAGGCUAGCGAGAGCCUGAGUCAAGAGCAAAACCACCUUGGAUGAUCCUUGGUCAUCUCAGCUCUGGUCCCGUGGAGGCACCUGAAAGCCACAGCCGCCAACUAAACCCUUAAUCCCCCUGGAAUCAAUCCUUGCUGUAGUUUCUUCUUGGCUGGUCGAAUUCUUGCCGCCAGAAUGGGGAAACAGAACAGCAAGCUGCGCCCUGAAGUCAUGCAGGACUUGCUGGAGAGCACAGACUUCACCGAGCACGAGAUCCAAGAGUGGUACAAAGGCUUCUUGAGAGACUGCCCCAGUGGACAUUUGUCAAUGGAGGAGUUUAAGAAAAUAUAUGGGAACUUUUUCCCUUACGGGGAUGCUUCCAAAUUUGCCGAGCACGUCUUCCGCACCUUCGAUGCAAACGGGGAUGGGACAAUAGACUUUAGAGAGUUCAUCAUCGCCCUGAGUGUAACGUCGCGGGGCAAGCUGGAGCAGAAGCUGAAGUGGGCCUUCAGCAUGUAUGACCUGGAUGGCAAUGGCUACAUCAGCAAGGCGGAGAUGCUGGAGAUUGUACAGGCCAUCUACAAAAUGGUUUCCUCUGUCAUGAAAAUGCCUGAAGAUGAAUCGACCCCAGAGAAAAGGACAGAGAAGAUCUUCCGCCAGAUGGACACCAACAGAGACGGAAAACUCUCCCUGGAAGAAUUCAUCCGAGGGGCCAAAAGCGACCCGUCCAUCGUGCGUCUCCUUCAGUGCGACCCCAGCAGCGCCGGCCAGUUCUGAGGCCUGAGCCCCAAGGACGCCUCAGCUGCUCGUGUCUCCUGAUUGGCGGCUAAACUUUUUUUUUCUUUUUUUUUUUUUUUUUUUUUGCCAAACGAUAUUGAUGGCGACGUUGUCCCUUCAUCGGUCAGAUGGCGCCCUCCUGUGACACCUUUGCCUCUUGCUUCUUUGGUCGUGGACACUUUGUGGGAAUGUCCAGAGCCCCGUGUGCUGCAGAGCGCGUGAGCGCACUUUCCUGGCGUUUCCCGUUGGAUGACUUUUUAAUCAUCAUUAUCCACCACCUCCCCACCCCUUGACUCUAACGUCUUUGUCUUAAAAACCCAAGACUUGGGGACAAGAGAAGGGUUCUCCACCCAACCCGGGAGGGGCUUUGUUUGAAAGACCAAACUCUUCUAACAAGGAGGGUCUGUUGUCACACGUGCCCUCAGGGUGACAGCGGGCAUUUGGGGCUGGGUUUCCUAAGAACAGGUUACCCUUUGGGGUAAGGCUGUUAAAGGAAGCUGGGACAUUCCGGAAGAGGCCCACUCUCUGCCCCAGCAGGCUGUAGUUUCUAAGCUGUGAACAUUUCAAGGUAAAUUAACAGGAGACAGGCAAAGGUGGCUCAGCUCUUCCCCCCACCCCCACCCCACAGGUUUACACGAGUUGAGCUAGUAAGAGUUUCUUUGAGAAAAAAAAAUUACACACAGAUGGUAACAGAUUCUAAAACCAGACCCAUCUAACUCCCUACUUGUGAUUUCUAUUGCAGACCAAAUUAAGUGUUUUGCCUUGUAAAUGCAUGUUUAAUAAGUGCUAAUACAAUCUUACAACAGAGGACUGUUUUUAGUAGCUAAUUGUGAAGCCAACUACAAUGAAUGUCAAUGUCUUGUUUCCAAGUCAUACCUGUCUUUGCACAAAUGUGCCAGUCAGCAAGUAUAUUUCCUACACUCCGUAAGAUUGCAGGGGAAUGGUGACAGGGCCCAGCGUUGAUGUCUGAAUGGUUUCCCAGAGCCAAGGCAGCUUGGAGGCACGAGGAAGGCCGGGAGCGUCUUGUCCAGCAUGGGGCGCCCCACACUGACAGACAGGGGCCAAGGCCCAGGAGCUUGCUGGCAACAGAUGCAAGGGUGAUGUUUUUCCUGAGCAGAUAAAUGUUCCAUGGGCUCGAAAACUAAACAGAGAACUUCCUAGCAGUUCAACCCACAUCCUUGGUGGGGGAGCCACAUCUAGAACGUUCGUUUUUCCUGCCCCCGGGUGCCCUUUGAAGAGUCAGGUGUGGAACAGCCGGGGGAGUUCACCCACUGGAAGAGCCAGCAAGGAGCCUGCAGUGCCCAAGGCCUGUGGGCAUCCCUCACCAUGUCCUUUGCAUGGGGUAAAGUCGAAUUACUGCUUGGGCUGGUCACCUCGCAAACACUACUUUGAAACGAGGGCCGGAAGUAGGAACUUCUGGCCACAGGCAAGCCAAUGACCCACAGACGGCUGGCGUCAGAAGGGUCCAGAGACUCAAGGGUGUCGGCGGCAGAACCUGCCUAAGAGGAGGAGGCAGGGAGGUCUCCAUCCGCUGCCAAGCCACUUCCUGUAGAACAAGAACCACAAGAAGCUAAACACAGCGACAAGGAAAGUGGUGCCCACAGGUCCCUGCCAGCCUGAAGGCCCCCCCACCCACCCACGGCGACCCUGGGCACUGGCGGAAGUCCAAACUUGAAUGGUGGAUUAAAAUGAAUCAGUUCGUGUGUUGAAAUUUUGUAAUCUUCAUUUUUUUUUCCUAGUGGCAUUUCCUUACGUUUUUGUACCGAGGCUUGCCAAACCCCGUGGGCUCAACGGUUGAAUCUGUUUUUGAACAGCAGAAUGAAUGCAAGUUGGGGAGCACAAACAGGUCAGGGACCCAGUACGCUCGCUGGCCACUUGUCCCAGGCCGAAUUCCUCCUUCCGGAUCUCAUUUCAUGGAUGGCAUCAGCUGAAGUUGGGGAAUCCACUUGGGCUCUGCCUCCAGUUGCACCAGACCCGGUGUUUCCUAGAACUCAGAGCUGGGGUGGGAGCUAGAGACGGUGGCUGCCAGCUAGUGGGAGCUGAAAGAUCCCGAGUUCCCAGAAGGCAGGCAGAGUUCCGGUCCUGGCUAGCCACACAGACAUAGCACACCUGCUUGUAUUCUCCCCAGGGAGGUACGGACGUGCCGCAGGGUAUGUCUAACGACGCAUGUUGACCAAGGGACUUCACGGUUCCCAGCUGGAUGGGUGCCCGAAGAACAUGUCACUCUGGUGAGGCGUUGCUGCGGCUGUGUUGGGGGUAUCUGGAGGAAGAGGACCCUGAUUUGUUCCAAGGAAAGGCAGCCUGUGUCGUUCAUGGACUGGACUACUUGGCUUAUGACUUGAAGGAUGUUUCAAAGUUGACUGUUCAUACCUCGCCCUCGAUGGAGAAAGGGUGUUGUGGGUGCUGACCCGCCCCAGCAGUACACCCCAGGGGGACUUCAUACAAGUGGAUUUAGUAAUAUAUAUGUUAUACUCCGCGGCGUGGUCCCGUUGUCAGUUGAUUGUACAGCUCUUGCCUGGCAUUAAAGCAUGUUCAUUAUUUAA